AUGGGGGCUUUAGGAGGCUUGGCAAUCAUCUGGGAUCCUAGAUUCUCCUCGUUUUCACCAUUAGAGAUAAAACAAAAUUGGAUAGGUGGAGUAGUAGCCUGCUACAACAAUAAGUUAAGAUUUAAUCUAAUCAAUGUAUAUGGUCCUAUCCAGAAUAGGGACAAAGCCCUAGUCUGGUUGGAACUUGAGGCCUUCCUUGGUAAUCACCCGAGCGAAGUUUGUAUCAUUGUUGGAGAUUUCAAUGCCAUCACUAAGGCAGAAGACAAAAGGGGAGGCAAUAUCAAGCUACCCCUAACGGCUCUGGACUUCAAUAACUGGAUCAACAAGAAUUCUUUGCUAGAAAUCCAGAUGGCAGAGAAUGCCUUUACAUGGAACAAUAAAAGGAUAGGUUUUUGCAAUAUUGCGGAAAAACUUGAUAGAUUUUUUAUCCAUGGAGGGCUUUCAGAGCUCAACUACACCAUGGAAGCAAAGAUCCUUCCUUUAUCUGGCUUUGAACACUUUCCACUUCAACUUAACAUCUUGACAGACCACUCCCCUAGAAACUGCCCUUUCAAAUUUGAAAGCAUGUGGUUCAGGGAUGACAACAUCAUCAACCUAAUUGAGCAUUUGUGGAAUGAUUCAGUUUUAUCAGGCUCGAAAAUGUUUAUUGUGGCAAACAAGCUGAAGCUUAUCAAAAGGAAGCUCUUGGAGUGGAAUAGGGAGAACUUUGGGAACAUAUUUGACAAGAAACUCUUAAUAGAAAAGGAUCUUAAGGAUGCUAACAAGAAAGUUCUUGCGAAUGGGAUGAACGAACAUCUCUUCCUUAAAGAAAAAUCACUACUUUCUGAGUAUGAAAAGAUUCUGUCAAAAGAAGAGAUCUUCUAG